AAAAAAAAAAAAAAAAAAAAUCACACAAAAAAAAACACAAAAAACUAAAAAGACUCCAUGCAUCACUAGAUCACUCUCACACUAUCAAACAAGAAUAAUAGAAGCCACUUAUUUUUUAAUAAAUAAAACACUCAUCUCUCUCCUCAUGUUGAAAAAAUAAGCAUUUCAUUUAGUGGGGUUUGAGAUUUUUGGACAUAUUUAUAAUAUAUUGAAAGCUUCUCAUUUUUUGUUUGAAAAUCAUUCUUAGGGUUCUUCACAAAGAUUAUAUUACAUGAAGGAUCCUUGAGAGUUUUUUUCUUGUGGAGUGAUGCAAUGUUCUUUUUGGCUUGAUUUUUUAGAUUUCCUUUUUUGGGUUUUUCAAAAAGGAAUAUUUUGAUUUUUCUCUCCUUCCCGUUAAAGAUUAACAAAACACAAUGUCAAUCAGGGGAGUGACACCCUAACCUUGUUAGGGUCUUCGGUAUCUUGAUUGAUACUGUGUUUGUUUCACUACCAAAAAAUUGAAGAAAAAAAAAAAACAAAAGCAAAAAACAACGAAUUAGUUAUAAAUUUGUUUGCUAAUAUGUCGAUAAAUUGCUCGUAGCUAACAGAAUUUUUUGAUAGAUGUUGCUAAUCUGUCGCUACGAUUAGCGAUGAAUUUUGUUGUUUAGCUACACAUUUAUUUCCGUCGCUAAUUCCUGUUGUUUUUAGUAGUGAAUUUACACAAACAUGUAAAUAGAUCCUCUCCGGAUUCUUUUUCUUGGGAUAUGAAAGGGAAUGAAGAGCCUAUCGAUGAGUGGAAUUGUCAAGUUGUUGGAAAUUUGGACUCAAAAACAAUGCCUAUAGAUACUACUCAAGAAAUUGAGGAAAAUGGUGUAAAUGGAAGUUUUUCCAACAAUAAUAAGUGUAGCAUUGCCCAACGCCGGGCAGAAAAAUGUGGUUUCAAUGCUUCUAACAUUAGUACUCCGGCAAUGUCGCCGCCACCGGCUAGGGAAACAUUUCUGACAAUACCUCCGGGAUUAACUCCGGCAGCAUUGCUUGACUCUCCUGUUAUGCUCCCAAAUUCACAGGCACCACAAUCUCCUACUACAGGAAGCUUUCAUCAGUUCCCCACUAUCAUCAAUCAAGAAAAUUCAAUGACUCCUCAUUCCUCAAACACCCAAUCUCAGAAUACAACAAGAGAUCAUUUUGAAUUUCCAGCAGAAUCUCCAAAAGUGACUGCCUUAAAGAACUGUUCAGAUACACCUUCAGAAGGAAAUAAUCAACAAAAACUGGGCUGCAUUGGCUUAACAAACACUACUCAGCUAGGAAAUUGCUCCUUAAAAUCACUACACCAAUUUGAGCAAAGAGGUGCAACGAAUCCAAAUAUUGUUACCUCAAACGGCUUGGAUGAUGGAUACACUUGGAGAAAAUAUGGUCAGAAAACUGUCAAAGGGAGUGAAUUUCCUAGGAGCUACUACAAAUGUACUCAACAAAAUUGCCUUGUUAAGAAAAAAGUCGAACGUUCUCCAGAUGGACAGAUCACAGAAAUUAUCUAUAAAGGUGAACAUAAUCAUCAGAAAUCUCAACCUCCUCGACGUGCAACGACGAAUUCAAAUCCCUAUGGUUUAGCAGAGAUGACAGAAAUGAAUGAAAGAAAUGGUGGAUCAAGUAUUUGGAGAAACGUGCAAUUUGGAAGCAAUAUGGACUUUAGAACAUCCUCAACAUCUAUUUUGGCAGAGGUUCCUGAUUCGUUAAUGUUAAACCAUCAAAAGACAAAUAUGAAUGUGUUUGAAUCAGCUAGAACUAGUCCUGAGCCCUCUUCUACACUUGCUAGUCGUGAUGAUGAAGAUGAAGAUAGAGUUACUGAAGGGAGCACUUCCCUCGGUGAUCAUGUUGAUGAUUGUGAAUUUGAGCAUAAAAGGAGGAAGAGAGAAUUUUACUCAGCUGAAGUGAGUUUAUCGUCGAGGACAACAAGAGAACCAAAAGUAGUUGUCCAGAUAGAGAGCCAGAUUGAUAUUCUUGAUGAUGGCUAUCGCUGGAGAAAAUAUGGCCAAAAAGUUGUGAAGGGAAAUCCAAAUCCCAGGAGCUACUACAAAUGCACAAGUGCAGGAUGCCCAGUAAGAAAACAUGUGGAAAGGGCACCAGAUAAUCUAAAAUCAGUCAUCACAACAUAUGAAGGGAAACAUAACCAUGAAGUGCCAUCAGUAAACAAGACAAAUAGUGCUGCUAGUGUUACUGGAAAUCAAGCUUCAGCCUCUACUGCAAAUGGGCAAUCUUCUAUAUUGGCAUCUCCAAAAAGACAUAAAGUUUCCAAUCUUGGAAUGCAAGUGCAAGAUUUUAACUUCCAAUUUGAAAGAAAACCCUUUGACUAUGUAAGGCCAAGUUUUCUUGGAAGUCACCUUACUGACUUUAGAUUUGGAGCUACUUCACCUCUCUAUGACCUAAAAUUCCCAACUAAUUUACAGAGCCCUCUGUCCUACACUUCUUUUCUCUCUCGCCCAUUUACUCCUUUGCAGAUGCCUAAUUUUCCGUUGUCAUUAUCUUUGCCAACCAAUCUUCCUGUUGGCCCCAAUAUGGUGCCUUCUCUUGGUGGAUUUCAUUUUAAUGAUCACUCAUUAACACCAAAUGGUGUGUCAUCCCAUUCUUCUCUCGCAGUUGGGGAUCAAAAACAUUUUCACGAGAACAACAAUAACAAUAAUGACAAAAAUUCGAGACUGCUUAAAGACAAUGAAGAGAUGUAUGAUCAUCAAAAUGGAGUAUCAUCUACUGUAUUAUGCAGCCACAUUAUGGACAAUUUUCCAUCUUAGAAGAGUCGUGGAAUUUUAUUAAUCUAUUGCACCUCCAAAAGAGUCCAAGAUACUAGUGUUCAUUUGUUUUAGGCUCUCUAGAGAGAGAUAACAUGCCAACAAAAGGAAAUGGAAGAGGGAGAGGGGGGUGAGAGUGAUAGUGUGGUCCUGACCAUAUUUUAUGCUAGAUGAUCUUUAGUUUCAGAUCAAUAUUCUUUUUUUGACUUUUUGCAUGGAGCUAUCUGUAAAAAAAAAUUUGCAGAUUCAGGUUUUUGAGGAAGUUCUUGCCAGCUGAAUGAGCAAAUUCUGUAAACAAAGGAUUAUUUUGUCCUCUUUGCAUCUUAUUUUGUCUGAAAU